UGCACCGCGACGCGGAACCGGAGACCGGGGCUGCCUAGCGAGUACCGUGGGACCGUUGGUGGCGCAGGGUGAAGCUUUUAGUCACCUGGUGGCCGGAGGCGACGAGGCGGGGACGACAUGGAAGUGAAGGAUGCAAAUUCUGCACUGCUGAGCAACUAUGAGGUGUUCCAGUUACUAACUGAUCUUAAAGAGCAGCGUAAAGAAAGUGGAAAGAAUAAACACAGUUCUGGGCAACAGAACUUGAAUACUAUCACCUAUGAAACGUUAAAAUAUAUUUCAAAAACACCAUGCAGGCAUCAGAGCCCUGAGAUUGUCAGAGAAUUUCUAACAGCAAUGAAAAGCCACAAGUUGACCAAAGCUGAAAAGCUUCAGCUGCUGAAUCACAGGCCUAUGACUGCUGUUGAGAUCCAGCUGAUAGUGGAGGAGAGUGAGGAGCGGCUCACAGAGGAGCAGAUUGAGGCACUCCUCCACACCGUCACCAGCAUUCUGCCCGCCGAGCCAGAGACGGAGCAGCAGAAACGUGCCAACGAUGCAGCAGUGGACGAAGAGUACCCAGAGUAGAAGAGUAGAGCCGGCCCGGCAUCACAGAGUGGCGGCCAUUUCCCAGACCUUCAGAGUGUUGUUUGCUUGGUUUUGUCCUCUCUCCUGACAGGCCUGAUUUCAUGGUUAGUUGAGUAGAUCACAAAAAUUCACUUUUCCCAAAAAUAAGCUAAAAAGGAAGACUUGUGCCUCAGGGAGAAGAAGCCUGGUGAAGACAGGCUGAGUUUGCCAGGGCAGAGAGCGAGAGAGGGGAGGACAGAGUCAAGGAUGACGAUGACUGUGGACCCCUCUGGUAAAAAGAUUUCUUCCAUGGCCUUUGCUGCACUGUGGGGAGGUCCUGUACACAGCUGGUAAAAUACUUGUGUUUCCUUUGAUGAGCUGUGUCCUAAUUAGUUUCAUCUGAUUCCCUAGGACCUUCCAAGUCCUAAGUAGAGGCUCAGAGCACUGCUGGUAUUAGAGCUGGAUUAUGAGAAUCCAGUUAAUGGCUAAAAACUCCCAAGAGCAGCAGAUAGUUGCCCUAGGUUAAAACGAGCUACUGAGCUUGGCUCCGCUUAGAGGAAUCUCUUCCUAGAAAGCAGCAGAGAUAAGAACAGAUGGGCCUGGCCAAUGCUUCGUAAGAUCUGCCCCCUUUCCUCUGCUGGCACAGGCCUUGCUGACGGUGCGGCUUGCUGUGUAGUCUAAGAUGUUAGGGCACCAGCUCGUGCCAGUUAAAAAGAGACACUUCACACUGAAUUACAGUGGCACCCGCAAUACUUGGUGCAGUGCCUUUCUGACAGCCCUCCAUGUCCGCGAGACAGGAGCCCUGGGAGGGAACGCCUGUUGAGGCCAGGUGAGGUUCAUUUGCACAGUGGGCAUGCCCUCUGCACAUUCAACUAAGGGCACACUUCUGGAGCCUUUCAUGGACACAAUAUGUAAGAACUAGAGGUUGGUUAAGAAGCAUUUUAAUUUGCUGACAGUUGUAGGGUUGCAUCAUUGUUUAAAUUUAAAAUACUGGGAUGAUUACCAUGUGAAGAGCUUGUUAAUAUUUAGGCGUUGGAAAGUUUAGUAUCUCCAGGCAUGUGGUUGCUUUUGGUCCCAGGAAGAUUGCUAAAAAUCUGAUUUCCCUUGUUUGCUCUGUUCCCUGUUUGGGGAAGAAAUUGCCCAUAGGUGUUCAUUUUCUAAGUUGACAUUCAUUUUGUUGUAAUAUUACAUAUUUUCAAUGCUACUGCUAAUUGAAUUACUUCCUGUUGCAACUCCGAGGUUAUUUCAAGUCCAUCCCCCACCCCUCAUAAGCUACUGCAGCUAUGUCAGUCUCAACCUUCUCAUCCGAGGAUCAGCACAAGUCUGCUUACGGCUACACUGAAAUUUACUGGAGAUUUAAUUUUAAAUCUUUCUGGAGUGUUGGGCAUUUGACUUAUUGAUGUGUCUGUCGAGGAAUACACGUACCUAUGUCGAUGUUGUCAGAUUUUAACCUAAAGUGUGUCCGGUGCUUUUUCUGAACGGAUUUGGGGCUUAAUGUAGUUAAUAAAUUAUUUCCAGGUGGCUACCAACUUGUGACGUUUUAUAAAUCUUUGAAGAGUCUGUUUUACCAUGGAUAGAGAGAAAUAAAGUGAAAUCUAACUUAAAGGCUGAACUAUCUGAUUUUGUUGUUGUUUAAAGGUUGAAUCUAUUUAGAUCUAAAUUCUGUAUCAAGAAAAUUUUCAGUUUCUAUAAUUGAGACCUGGAUUUAGCCUCAGUUUCUGGUUGAGCUAAGCAGGCUCUGGAAGAGUUAACCUUUGCAAGAAACAUGUAUUCUGUGUACAUUCUUGUCCCAUCAAUAAUAGAUAUUUCAGAAAUAAAAAGUCAAAAUUUCCUUGAGAAACGACGACAGUCACAUCUGGGGAGGAGAGCUGGGGAGUCUGGGAGACUUCUGCUUUUCAUUUCAUGUCCUGUGUUGCUUCAGU